CAGCCAUAUUGAAAAGCGAUUCACGAGUUGAAAAAGUAAACCUUCAAAGACGAUAAUUUUCGGAGGAUCCCGAUGGAUUUAUGGAUAUAUUCUCCAAUCAUAUCAGAAGAAGUUGGGUUCCAAUACCAUUGUGGUCUGUUUUGAGACGUGUUGAAAACUGAAAAUGACGAUUCAAACGACAUUGUUGAAUGUGUAAAAUCGAAAUGAAAACUUGUUUGUGGAGUAUUUAUGAAAACAACAACAAUGUUUAUUCGAUCGAUGCAGGUCGUUGUCAUUACUGCCUUUAUAGGUAUGAUGACUGCAAAGAACAUACCACAGUUACGUUGUGAAUUCUAUGAUACACAAAUUUGUGAUCCAGCAAAAACUAGCUGUAAUGACACUGAGUGGUGUGGCAUUCCAGAGUCUGGAAAAUCAGCACAUUGUUACGUUCUGUGGGAAAAUACAACUCAUCCAAUAAUACACAAGAAGGGAUGUUGGUUAGAUGAUAAAGGCUGUUAUAACAAGAACAGCGAAUGUAUAGCUAAAGACUUCAGAAAAAAUAACUUUUUAUAUUGUUGCUGUAAUGGAGAAUUUUGUAACAAAAAUUUCACAUUUGUACUUGAAGAUGUCAGUACCCCAGCCAGUACCCUUACUACAGAAGGAAUUAAUGGACCUGUAAAAUAUAUGGGAGCUGAGACAUGGCGUACAUUGGUCUAUUCGUUGGUGCCAGUAGCUGGGAUAGCAAUCAUUAUAGCUUUUGCAUUCUGGAUGUGGCGGAGACAUCGAGCCAUGUACCAUGAGGCUCUCCCUAUGACAGAACCAGAGGACUAUCUGCCAGCCGUUGGUCAAUCCGAAGCUCUUGCUCCCUUACGUCUUCUUGAAGUGAAAGCUAGAGGGAGGUUUGGGGCUGUAUGGAAGGCUCAGCUGAACAAUAUUCAUGUGGCAGUGAAAAUAUUUCCAAUUCAGGAUAAACAAUCGUGGUAUACUGAGACGGAUAUAUUCAACCUCCCUGGGUUCCAGCACCAAAAUGUGCUUUCAUUCAUAGCAGCAGAGCGUCAUGGAGAUAAUCUCAACUCUGAAUUGUGGUUAGUCGUAGAGUUCCAUGAUAAAGGCUCUGUUUAUGACCACCUUAAAGCCAACACGAUCACAUGGACUGAAUGUUCGCAGAUGGCUGAAACAAUGGCAGCAGGUCUAGCCUUCUUACAUGAGGAUUUACCUGGAAAAUCUGCCAUAGCCCACAGGGACUUUAAGAGCAAAAAUGUCUUGAUAAAGAAAGAUAUGACAUGCUGUAUAGCUGACUUUGGAUUAGCCCUGAAGUUUGAACCUGGAAAAAAUCCUGGAGAUGUCCAUGGUCAGGUUGGCACAAGGCGCUACAUGGCCCCCGAAGUGUUGGAGGGAGCGAUCAAUUUUAACCGAGAUGCAUUUUUGCGCAUCGACAUGUACGCAUGCGGGUUGGUGCUUUGGGAGAUGUUGAGCAGAUGUACUGCAGCAGACACACCAGUUGGAGAAUAUCAGUUGCCAUUUGCAGAUGAAAUAGGGACCCACCCAACCUUAGAAGACAUCCAGGAGUGUGUAGUACAGAAGAAGAGCAGACCCAAACUGAAUGAACAAUGGUAUAUGAAACCAGCUCUAGCAGCUCUUUGUGACACCAUAGAGGACUGCUGGGAUCAUGAUGCCGAGGCUCGCCUAACAGCACGUUGUGUAGAAGAACGAUUAAGUCAACUCACUAAGACAAUGUCUACCUCAUCAUGUAACCCUCCACCAGUAAUUCGGUCAUCAAGUAGUCAGUCUUUAAUUGAGAAGGAGGACGAAUUAAGCAUUACAGUAUAGAGAUACUCUAUUUUAUACAUGACCGCAUCUUAUAGCUAUUCUGAAGACGUCCUCACAUACUCACAACAUGGAGAAUCAUAAGAAUUUCAAGGCUAAUAAUCAAAACCUGAAUUGCUGACCAGUUGUCAUGUUGUGUUCCUACAUA